GUUUCAUACGAUUUUCGGUGGCAUGCUGCCGUUACCUAUCAUGGGAACAAGAAAAUCUGAUAAUCUAUUUCAGGAUAUGCUCGAUGACGACUUCAUAAAAAUAUUUAAACCAGUUCAUACAAUGCAGAAAUGUUUGGGUUUCCAAAGGGUGCAAGUGAAGCACAAUUUCGUUACAAGUGUCUCGACCCAGUCACAACUAUAUGCUGGUGCUCUUAUAUUUUUUAACAUAAUAUUUGUCGCAGAUGUGGUUAUAAACUGCGAAACAACGUUGAAAACGUCGUCUGCAGACGAAACGUUGAAAUUAUGCUUGAUUUUGAACGCAAUUGUCACUAACUUAGCUAUCUGCACAAAUAACUUCUCGAAUGGAAAUUUGAACAGUAUGAUCUAUGUGAAACUGCAGAAGUUGGAUCGACAACUGAUCAUGGAAAAUAAACGAUUGGUGAACAGAAAAAUAGCAUCGUUAUCACUUUUCCUCACAACUUUAGGCGUUACUACAGCUUUAGUAUGGAUAACUGUUUUGAACAUUGUGACUAUGAAAAUGUUUUAUCCGUCCAUUAUAUUCGCAAUAAUAACCUCGAUGGGAAACUAUUUGGAAAUACUCCUGUGCAUCCUUAUGCUGUUGUACUUAAUAAAACGAGUAGAUUUUCUUAAUAAAGUGUUGCAAGCUUCGAUGAAAAAGAGGCCAAAACUGCUCAGUAAUUUGAAUGACUUGGCCACAGUCACCUCAGGGGCAGACGGCUUUAGGAUCGAUGUAGUCAUUGCAAUGCAUAAUAUUUUAGAUAUUAUUUCUGAUUUCAUAAAACUUUUCCAGUUUCACGUAAGUCCUCUUUAUCUACGAGUAUUAUGUAACUCUAUCUUAUGAAUUUCUAUUAUUUUAC